AUGCAGGCGAAGCUUGAUAAUGUCUUAGGUGACAAGAACAUUUUCAUCAAGAGUGCUAGAGCCAGUUUCAAGCAAUUUGAUAUGGAUCAUUCCAAUUCUCUUAACUUCGCGGAGUGCCAGCGGCUAAUUCAGAGGUUGUCGGAGAAUCUUGCUUUACCCCCGGUGGAUCCCGAGACUUUGCGAGGUAUUUUUGAUAGAUUCAAUACCAGUGACAGCGACGAGUUAAGCGCGGAGGACUUCACAAUGAUGUUCUGGCAAAUUCUUUGGAGAGUUCGAGAGCGUUAUUACCCGAGUAAAACAGUGCCGGUGCGACGUUCUUUUUUCGUGGGCCGAACAGCCAUCGGCGACAACCAGAUCAAGAGUACUCUGUUUCACUUUGAGAAGCUGCUCGGUCAAGGUUCCUUUGGACAGGCAUUCAUGGUCAUUGAGAAGAGCUCACGCCUUGAGCGGUGUUGCAAGGUUAUAAAUAAGGAUAAAGCCAAGGUCCCAAUAGAGCAGAUUGAGGCUGAGGUGACGGUGUUGAAGAGCCUAGAUCAUCCAAACGUGAUUAAGAUACUGGACGUUUACGAGGAUUACCAUAAUCUGUAUAUAGUCCAAGAUUUAUGUACCGGAGGUGAGUUACUGAAGCGUCUGUCCCAAGCUCACGAGCGAGCAAAGCUUCUGACGGAGAAGUAUGUGCGAGAGAUCAUGAAUCAAGUGUUGAAGGCUUUGGCUUACAUUCACGAGAUGAAUGUCGUUCAUAAGGACUUGAAACCGGAGAACAUCAUGUUCGCUGAUAAGGGAGUUCAUUCGGAGAUUAAGGUGAUUGAUUUUGGCUUGGCGGAGAUGUUCGAGGAUCAGAACCAGAUGAGCACGCACGGUGCCGGAACGAUAUUGUAUAUGGCGCCGGAGGUCUUUGCCGGGUGGGUGACGAUCAAGUGCGACAUGUGGUCGGCCGGCGUGGUGAUGUUUCAGUUACUUACAGGUCGGUUGCCGUUUCCGGGACGUUCUGUACCGGAGGUGAAGACUAAAAUAAUGCGGCAGGAUCCGCCUUUCCGUGAGUAUUGCCGCCAUUUGUCGGAGGAGGGGGUGGACCUGUUGAGGAAGUUGUUGGACAAGAACCCUAAGACGCGCUUGAGUGCUAAGGCGGCAUUGAAGCACGCAUGGUUCGAGAGCGCUCGACCCAGUACGGUCGAGUUGGACGCAGACGUGUGCGCGAACCUGGCAAACUAUGCGCGACAUUCGAACUUUAAAGCGGCAUUAAUUAAUUUAAUGGCGCAUCAGUUGAACUUCAAUUCGGUACAGAUUCGGCGGGUUACGGAAAUUUUCCGGCAAUUUGACGAGGACAACAACGGCAUCUUAAGUCGAUCGGAGUUGGCUAAGGGGCUGGACCGUGCUGGUUUCGAGAAGUGGGAGAUUAACAAGAUCGUACAGGCACUCGAUGUGGACGGCAGCGGCGACAUCAGCUACACCGAAUUCCUGGCCGCCGCUUACACAUGGCGCGAGAGCGAACUGAACAUCAUUUGGACGGCCUUCAACAAACUCGACCGUGAUCAUGAUGGUUGUAUCUCAGUUGAGGAGUUUGUUGAAUUACUAUCUGGCCAGGCUUCGGGCACGGGUGAGACCUCUAAACUGAUCAAGAAGGAUGAAAUCGCGAACAUACUUAACGCCGUAGACAGAAACAAAGACGGCAUAAUAGACUGGCAAGAGUUCCUCGCGUAUAUGAAGUCAGAGAAUUAG